AUGAGCAGUGGUUAUCAUAACAUCAGGAGCGGUCAGCUCAGCUCGCUUCCCACCCUCCCAUGUCUUCCGGACUCUGCCAGCGUUGUCACCACAGCAGCACCUCGAUGGUCAGCAACCGCCUCUCCUCCAGGUAACGUGCUAGACUACAAAGCGCGCCUUCUACACGUGGCCGUCCCGUGGCCUCUGGAUACUGGGUUCGGCCGGGUCGGUUGCCCCCUCAAGGGAUACCGUGUAGAAGGCGCGCUUUGUAGUCUAGCACGUUACCUGGAGGAGAGGCGGUUGCUGACCAUCGAGGUGCUGCUGUGG